AUGCCCCCGCCAACGAUUCCACCACAGCCAGCCAUGGCGACAUCGGCAUCACCACCGUCGACAGCGACCAUGCUCAAGCAGCGCAUGGCCGCUUGCUGCGCCACCACUCUGCGUGUUCUUCGCAGACACCUUUACUUUGUCGGUCCGGGCAUCGUCGCUUCCGUCGCCUACGCCGAUCCAGGCAACUGGGCUACCGACUUGCAAGCAGGCUCCGAGUUCGGCUACUCGCUCCUCUUCAUCGUCCUGCUUACCGGCUGUUUCGCCGUCAUAAUCCAGAUCCUCUCCUGCCGCUUGGGCGUGGUCACCAACGCCGACCUUGCACGCCAAUGCCGCAUGCUCAUCCUCAAAGAGGACCGUCUCGGCAAUCCUACGCAGCAACGCGUCUCGCAUCCCAAACUUCGACGAUGGGCGCUACUCUAUCCGCUCUACAUCAUCGCCGAAGGCGCCAUCAUAGCCACCGAGUUGGCAGAAUUGACCGGAUCAGCGAUCGCUCUCAACCUCCUCUUCCCCGCCUUGCCGCUCUGGGCCGGCAUCUUGAUCACUUCAGUCGACGUCAUCAUCAUCCUCUUCAUUUACAAACCACCACCCAACGGCAGCUUCAGGCUGCUCGAAGCCCUCAUUGCCGCGCUCGUAUUCACCGUCUUGGCAUGCUUCAUCGUGCUUCUUGUCAGGAUCGAUCCUCAUUGGCCCGACGUUUUUCACGGAUACCUCCCCUCGCACCACGUCGUGCAGAGCGGCGCACUUUACGUCAGUGUCGGCAUCUUGGGCGCCACCGUCAUGCCGCAUGCCAUCAUCCUCGGCUCCCACUUUGCCGUUAUCGACCGCCUACCCAACCCCGACGGUUCCUAUGCUACUCGCGACGACGAGUCCCAGCACGAUCGCACUCCAGAUACCUCGCAUCAGUCUAGAUGGCAACUCAUCACUGGCUCCCUUUCCCGCCUCUUGCGGCCAAAGACAGAGACGAAGACAGAGACGCUUCGUCUCACCCGUGUCAUACGCUCGCUCAUCCAGUACCGCACCGGCACAACCCACGACGUCGAAACCGACUCCAUGCGUGAAGCGCGUCGCGCCCGCUUCAAACCCCAAGACUUCCCACCACGCACCCUCGAGAACAUCCGUAUCCACAUCAAGCACGCCUCUGUCGACAUUGGCAUGUCGCUUGUCAGUUUUGCCAUUGUCAUCAACAGCGCCAUCCUCAUCGUUGCUGCUGCCGCCUUCUACUACGACCAGAACGGCUCUGGUUCCGGUCAGGUGGUGGUGGCCAGUCUCUAUGAUGCCUUCUACCUGCUCAAGGAUCGCUUGGGUAGCCUUGCGGCUGUGCUCUUCGCCGUUGCGCUGCUGGCGGCGGGUCAGAGCGCAAGUAUCACUGUCACGCUGGCCGGUCAACUGGUCAGCGAAGGCUUCAUCAACUGGCGAACCGAUCCCUUCUUGAGGAGAGUCGUCACGAGGCUCGUAGCCAUCGUCCCCAGUUUGACCGUUUCCCUGGCGGUGGGCAAGGAUGGCUUGGACGAGAUGUUGGUGGCCAGUCAGGUGGCGUUGAGCAUCGCGCUACCCUUUGUGCUUCUGCCUCUGAUCCUGGUGACGAGUAGCAAGCCGAGGAUGACGGCAGAGUUGGCGGUCGAGGAGCACGAGAUGGUGGCUUCCCGCGCUUCGUCGAUGAGGUCCAGCGUCGAUGCUGAUCGGACGAGUGCGGAUGGCCAGCUUAGCGCGGUGGGUGAACAGGGCAGUGCGAGUGGGGUAAAGGCAAGGCCCGAGCUGAGCAGCACCGCAAGCGAGAGUGCGUCACUCGCAGUGAUCCAGAGCUUGCCCUUGCAGCAGGAGCCACCUACACCGGAUCAGGAUCGCAAACUUCCCUCAACAUCACAGCAUCAACAAGAGCAGCCUGUUUCAACACCCACAGCUUCACCGUCGGAUCCGCUGCAACCCAACUCCGUCGCACCACAACCGCUAGCAAGUCCCGACAAGUCGCACUGCUUCGCAUCCGCGUGGUACGUCCAAGCGGUGCUGUACGCCAUUUUCGCUGUGAUCGUUGUGGCAGACGGCUAUGUGCUGAUCACCACCUUUAUGGGCGAGAGUUGA